UCCACUAGAGGCUUGCUUGCCUUCGCGGAGUGAAGUAUAUGGUGUUGUCGGGUCUACGUUCACACACAGUUGAGCACACGUCCGGAAGAGAGGCAAAAAUUUUUGUAAUGCGGCGCCGAAACGGCGCAAUGUCUGCACUAAAACUCUUUCGACUUGUUCUGCUCAUUUCGGAGUCAAUUUCCAAUUCGCAUUUGCUAUAACUGGAUAUCUUAAUGGAGAUGUCGAUCGCAGAGAAUAUCAGCAAUCUGUAUUUUCAGUCAUGAAGGAGAUCCUGAGACUAGAAUGAUGUUGAAUAAAUAUACCGGUGCGCGCACGCGCCUGUCGUAUAGUAGCUUGCUCUAAGAUUCAGAUCUUUAAAAGAAAGUAGUGACAACCAUGGCAUGUCCCAAACCGACCAUGGAGUUUUAUUUCAACGAAAGUCGGAGCGUAGAAUCAGUAACUGAUGGAAGCGAUACUUUUUCUGUAUCUUCGACACCCAAACCCAUCAAAGACUUCAGAGGAUCCUUGUACAAACCUAAACUGGAUCCUUUGUCGCCUUAUGGAGGUCUUGCUGGCAGGGCAUCUCCUGGUCAUGAUCUGGGAUACCACACACUCUUGACUAGAGACAGUAUAACACCAACUCCUACUCAAACUCCAACAGUACCUCGCAGAACUUUUGACAGCCUCAGUUGUUCGUCGUCUUCAUUCAGAUGGAGCGAUGUGCCAUCAUCAAUGUGUAACACAUCGCCCUAUCCAAGAGCAUCAGAUGUUAUGACGCCGCCACCUCCCCCUCGUAACCACAUUGCAUCAACCCCCUCUUCAACUCAUCCAUCAUCCGUCUCUUCGGUCAGGUCCACAGGUUUGAAUUGUUCCUCUCAGCUACUAGAUACAAGUCCUUUAGGGACGACGUUCAAAGGCAAAAAAUCUCACAAAAGCUCACUUUUCGAUAAACUUUCGGACGAUCUUAUCUUAAAGAUUUUUUCUUUUCUAUCUAGUAAUUAUCUUUGUGUAUGUGCUAGGGUUUGCCGCCGAUGGUACUUUUUGGCUUGGGAACCCCAACUAUGGACUUCAGUGUGUCUUAGCAGUGAAAAAAUUCACGUAGAUCGGGGCUUAAAGACUUUAUUUCGAUUGCUGUGCAGAGACUCACCCACAGUAUGCCUUGCAGUUGAGAAGAUUUCGCUAAGUGGAUGUUGUAGGUUAACUGAUAAAGGAUUAUUUACCAUUGCCAGGAGAUGUCCUGAACUUAAAACGCUUGAAAUUAGAGGCUGUCCUUUGGUUUCAGAUGCUGGUAUUGCAGAAGUUAUGGCCAGAUGCGUGAGCAUAUUGAAACUCGAUCUCACAGGUUGCCAGCAAAUCACGACGAUCCAACCCAGAAGUUUAUCGAAUGAGAUAUCGGACUCUGUUAUAGAUCAUCCAUCUAGUGGUUCGCUGCAUGUUCCUCCUCAGGUUGUUCAUCACCAUCAGUUAUUUCUUCAAUUUCUGGACCUCACUGAUUGCCACGGUCUCGAAGACUUUGGCCUGAAAACUAUCGUCCGCAAUUCACCACAGAUUUCUCACAUGUACUUACGUCGAUGUGUUCAGAUAACUGACUGCGGCAUAAAAGCUAUAGCUAGUUUCUGCAUGAUGCUAAAAGAACUCAGCAUCAGUGACUGCAUUCUGGUAACCGACUUUGGUAUGUAUGAAUUGGCCAAAUUGGGAUCUAACCUCAGGUAUCUCAGCGUUGCAAAGUGCGAUCAAAUCUCUGAUGCUGGAAUUAAACAAAUAGCACGUCAUUGUUAUAAACUACGUUAUCUUAAUGUUAGAGGUUGUGAAGCUGUAUCAGAUCACAGCAUGGAAGUUUUAUCUAGGAGCUGUCCAAGGCUAAGGGCUUUGGAUAUCGGAAAAUGUGAUGUCACAGACAAUGGCCUGCGUCUUCUUUCAGAGCACUGUCCGAAUUUGCGGAAGCUUAGCGUGAAGUCUUGUGAUAUGAUAACUGACCAAGGCAUUCAGUCUAUUGCUUUCUACUGCCGAGGACUUCAACAACUGAACAUCCAGGACUGCAAUAUCACCGUGGAAGGUUAUCGGACAGUAAAAAAAUUCUGUAAAAGGUGUAUUAUUGAACAUACAAAUCCUGGAUUUUAUUAAUGAUUUUAGAAACGUAAAAAUCUGUGCCACAUAUUUGUUACUUUCUUUUCUUUUACAGUCAAGCUGCUUAAUUUUCAAAAAUGAAGCUAAAAUUCUUAUUCCCCAUGAGGCAUUAUCUUAAAACUUUAACUAUAGCAACUUGAUGUUGAAUAUUAAUCUACAUAAAAAUAAUCAGAUUUUUUAAGAGAACCAUUUUUUUAACAAUUCAUUCUCUGUAUUUUUAUCAAAUGUUUAAAUUUGUAUUUUUUAUUCUUAAAUUCUUUAUGAAAAAAAUUGUCCCAUGAUCUAUUCGUCAAUCAGAAUAAUAGAAUUAUCAUUAUUAAAAAGAAUUAUCAUUUUAAGCUUUGAUUUAAAGGAGUAUACUUUGCUAUAUUUUACAAUAAAACGGUUUGAAAUGAGUUUAUAUUGAAGUACAAUUUAUACAGUGUGAUACGUAUUUUUUAAUACUUCCUAAAUGCAUUAUAUUCACUAAGGGACAAUAUUUUAAUAGUAAUUUAUUUAUUUUAUUUAUUUGAAAAUUCUCCUUGACAUUUAUUUUUAACUUUUUUAAAAAUAAAAUCCAGCAUGAUUGUUUAAAAUGCUGUUUACCUAAUGGUGCAUUUCCUUCCUUGUUAAUACGAAAUUCAAGAAUCUAGUCUUUGCCUAGAGUGCUUGUUUCGAUAUUUGUGUCAUGAUGUAUACUAAUAACUACGUACAAAAUAUUUUCUUCCUUUGGCCCAGAGGUCGCAUAUUCCUUGGGU